CCCAUUGUUAUCACCGUUACCUCGCACUCAGACGUCGUCGUGCUGUAGUUCUGCUCUCUGCACCUGACGAAACGGAAAAAAGGAAAGCAUGUUAUCCCAAAUGACAGCGCGACAGAUUGACCCGGGUGUAACCACAGCAUUAUUUGGAGACCUGAUCGAGUUUGCCAACCCCUGGCUGGGGUUGUCACUGUGGGCUGUUUAUGCAGGAGAAGGCCAGGUUAUUCAUUUUGGAGUGGGAGAUGAGAACAUGACCCAGAAAGCCUGUCGCAGCCUCCUGCAGCAAAUGGUUCCAAAGUCCAAUGGUGAUCGCGUUCUGAAGCAAACCAAAGUCUGCAUCCAGCGUAUCACGGAGCUCAAACUGCCUGCGGGGACACGGAUCAGGGUCAACAACAACAAACACAAUCUGGCGCCUUCACAACCGGAGUGGAUGAAAUAUCGCUGUGACACUUUACUACAGCAGGAGUUCAAAUACGACCUGCUGAGCUUCAACAGUGAGCACUUCGCCACCUUUAUUAGAUAUGGACAAGCUGUGUGCAACCAGAAUCCUUUUAAGAAAAAGAACGAAGUCCACACGGGAACCACUCAGACUCUACAGACGAUACUGCAGCAGCGGAUGGAGACUGAAGCUGCAUGGGUGUCUGCCACAGUACCUAUGUGAAUGAGGAGAAUCAAAUAAUAAUAAUUAAAACAAAAUCUGCACUUCUUUUAUUUUUGACAACAGUUCAUUAAACAACUGCAUGGCAUUAACUUUGUUCCUGUCUCUGAGCUCUCCUACUAAAUCCUCAGCAGAUUCUGUUAAAGGCCAAAAAACUUACAAAGUCCAUGGGAGACAGAAAACUAUUUGCUUUGUUGUUUAUUAAGACUUCAGGAACGUCAAUAGAAGUGUUUCAGUACAGCAGGAGGGCCGAGUGUGUGCAGUGUGCAGACACACUGACCUCCUGCUUUCCUCCUUGUUGAUAAUAACCCAGACACACACCGCCCAUCAACCAGACCUCUAAUAAAGCAAAACACUCUGUCAUUUAAUAACCUCCACGCAGCAGCAGGAGUCACAGAGAGGCCAGCAUCAGUGAACGCAGGCACGGGAACCGAGCUCUGGCUGAACAGGAAGUGGUGGAAAAGCAUCCUGUUUAUUGAUCUGGGAGAACGCAGCUAUAACCAGAUUUCUUUCUUUCACUUUUGCCCCCAAACACACAAAGACAGGAAUGACUGUAGAAAAUGCACACAAUGCAAAAUAUUAGCUAUACUGCAGUCACUCACGCACACACACAAACUGCUCUGACUUUUUUCCCCGACUGAGAUCUGAAGUUAACUCUAUUCUUCAGUGGUGAAACACUGACUUCUUUUAUCUGUCCUCUUGGUGACCUCAUGUCUCCGUAUUUCUUCUUCCACCUGUUCAGUUAUAAUUACAUGGGGUUCAGUCUGACUCUGUAAUUACUGCACAUGGACCCCUGAGGGAAUGUAGUAUUUUUCUCCAAUUGCUUUUUUAAAUAGAAAUUAAUUCAUAUAUGCCAUUUUGAACAUACUUACUUUAAUACUAAAGAUUUAUUAUUAUUAUUAUACUUUGCAUAUAAGACCACUUUUAUAUUACUAAAUCCAAAAUUUACUAAAUUAUUUUUUAAACUUUUUUAAUGCAGAGUAAAAGAGUGCAGGCAUCAUAAAUAAAGCUGAAAUGUUUCCCCCAACCACACACACAAACUUUAAAAUUUAAAAUUUUAUAAACACAGCAUGCAAGAACGCAUACUUCAGCCAAAUACACUGUGACCCACAGUCAGUUUCCAGUCACUAGGCCCUG